CACUGCACUGCUAUUUUGUUCGUCAUUUUUCGAAGUUUUGUUCUGUGUUUUUUAUUUUAAAAUGGCCGAUACAAAGGGCUUUUCCAGCAUCGAGACGCCCGGCUACGUGGGCUUUGCCAAUUUGCCCAACCAGGUGCAUCGCAAGUCCGUGAAGAAGGGCUUCGAAUUCACACUGAUGGUGGUGGGCGAGUCUGGUUUGGGCAAGUCCACGCUGGUCAACAGUCUCUUUCUCACCGAUCUCUAUCCCGAACGAAUCAUUCCGGAUGCCAUAGAAAAACAGAAGCAGACUGUGAAACUGGAGGCCUCAACGGUGGAGAUCGAGGAGCGGGGCGUCAAGUUGCGAUUAACGGUGGUGGACACACCCGGUUUCGGCGAUGCCAUCGAUAAUUCAAACAGCUUUAGUGCCAUACUCGAGUACAUCGAUGAGCAAUAUGAGCGCUUUCUGCGCGACGAGAGUGGCCUCAACAGACGCAACAUUGUUGACAAUCGGAUUCACUGCUGUUUCUACUUUAUAUCGCCCUUUGGCCAUGGUCUAAAACCCUUGGAUGUGGAGUUCAUGAAGAAGCUGCACUCCAAGGUUAACAUUGUGCCGGUCAUUGCCAAGGCCGAUUGCCUAACCAAAAAGGAGAUCCUUCGCCUCAAGUGCCGCAUCAUGCAGGAGAUCGAGAGCCAUGGCAUCAAGAUCUAUCCACUGCCCGACUGUGAUUCCGAUGAGGAUGAGGACUACAAGGAGCAGGUGAAGCAACUGAAGGAAGCUGUGCCUUUCGCCGUUUGCGGCGCCAACACUCUGCUUGAGGUCAAGGGCAAGAAGGUGCGUGGUCGCCUUUAUCCGUGGGGCGUGGUCGAGGUGGAGAAUCCCGAUCACUGCGACUUUAUCAAACUGCGCACGAUGCUGAUCACCCACAUGCAGGACCUGCAAGAAGUGACGCAGGAGGUGCACUAUGAGAACUAUCGCAGCGAUCGCCUGGCCAAGGGCAUCAAGGGCAAGGAGAAUGGUGUUAAGCAGGAACGCGAUAGCGGCGUACCUUCGCAGGUGCUGGGCGAAAAGGACCGCAUUUUACAGGAGAAGGAGGCGGAGCUGCGCCGAAUGCAGGAAAUGCUGGCCCAAAUGCAGGCGCGCAUGCAGGCCCAGCAGUGAACAGUGGGUCAGUGGGUGGCGGCAGCAGGCGGAGGCGGCAAUCGAUAGUUAUAUACACACAAAAAUGAAAAAAUCGUAUAUUUAGAUAUAUACACGCAUAUAUACAUAUAUAUUUUGUACGCAGAUUUAUUAGGUUGCGAUCGCGCUUUAAUUCAACUCUCAAUUUUGUGAAAACGACGGGCGCUAAGUAUUCUCUGUAUUAAUUUCGCAUUCUCCAUAUAUACACUCAAUUAUAUAUAUAUUCGUAGGAUUUAGAAAUAUACACAAAAACACACUCACACAACAUAACGUAACACGUAACACCUGCCGCGUAUGCAAAAUGUGUCGGCAAUGCAAUUGCUUCAUCAAAACACUCGAACGUCAACGCGAAAGCGAACUCGAACUCGGACCCUCACUUCAUAUCAAUCCUAAAAGCGAAACACGAUAACUACUGUAUUCCUACUAUUGUAUUUAGACGCGAUUGGCAAUGGAUUAAUCCAUUCUUAUUUAGGUUAAGCGAAUCCAAGCCGAUUUAUAUAUAUAUACCUAUUAUAUUGUAUGUUGAUUCCUUUCUUUGUCUGUUUACCUUACCUACUACUAUCGUCUCUGUAUUUAGGUUACUUUUAACUCGAUAUGUAUUUCAUGAUCCAAUCCAAUCAAUCCCAUUCAAAUCUGAAUCCAAAUCCUGGCCACAACUCCUAAGGCACACGUUCUGAUACCGUGUGUUUGCUUCAGAGUUUUGGAUUCGGAUUGGGGGAGGAACGGAUUGAACAAAGCAAACAACAAAAACAAAACCAAAAUGUGAAAUCUCUAUUUUAUUAUGUAAAUGAAACAUUUUUUAUCCCCAAUAUAAUCCUUUAUGAAUACAUAUAAACAUGUA